UCUUCGUUUUCUUUCUCCUCCUUUGUUUAUGUCUGUCGAUUUAAAGACCCAAAUCUGACUUCUCUCUCUCUCUUUUGGUCUCUGCGUUUGAUUCGGGAGAAGAAAAAUAAAAGCUUCAAUGGAGUUAGCGUCUUUUCUUGGUAGAGCUCUGUUUGUUUCCGUCUUUCUUCUCUCCGCAUGGCAAGAGUUUAAUGAUUUUGGUGAGGAUGGUGGCCGAUCAGCUAAAUCUUUGAAACCAAAAUUCAAUGCCUUUGUAAACCAUGUGACAACUCAUACUGGCCAGCAAUUGCCACCAGUCGAUAUGAAGAUUCUUGUUGCUGCUGCCAUAGCCUUGAAGGGUAUUGGGGGACUGUUGUUCGUCUUUGGCAGCUCCUUGGGAGCUUAUCUCUUGCUUCUGCAUCAAGCCGUUGCCACCCCAAUUCUGUACGAUUUCUACAACUACGAUGUUGACAGAAAGGAAUUUGGCCAACUAUUUUCAAAAUUUACUCAGAGCUUGGCUCUCCUUGGAGCACUGCUCUUCUUCAUUGGGAUGAAGAACUCAAGGAAACACGGUAGGCAACUCAGGAAAAAGGCUCCAAAGGCAAAAGCAAACUGAAAAAGCCACAUCUUUCAUCGGUUUAUUCGGUCUGUAUUUUAUUUUCAUUUUGGAAUCCAGGAUGGGUUUAAAGAGUGUAUCCUAUGAGGCCAUUGAAAGGCAAAAUCUACUUCAUGAAGCUUUUAUGAUACUUUUUUUUGUAGAGAUAUUUAUGGUUCUUUAGAGAGACACCAUUUCAAUUUAGAUUUUGCUUUUCUUAUUUCA